UAUUUACUCAUAUGGUUUCAUACCUAUAUUUACAAUUUAUACAUUUAUUGGUGUGUAUAUUUAUACUUUUUCAUUCCAAUAAAGCGGGCAUAGUUAUGCUUCGAGUUACUUUCGUGUUGUUUUGCCUUCUUUGCUAUGUAAACCGUGUACGAGCGGACUGUGCUUGCAACAAAGGCGUGGAUCGAGAGUCGGACAAAUCAAGCAAUUCAGCCAUAGAAACCAAACAAUUUCCGGUUUGCCAUCAAAUCGAAAAGGACAACAAUCACUGCCGUAAUUAUUACCCAGAAGAUCCCUUAAUGUCCGUCAUACCGGGCGGAAGUUUUCUUAUCGGGACUGAUGAACCACAUUUCGUUAGCGAUGGCGAGUCGCCGGAGCGUGUUGUUAUUAUAUCAGAUUUCUAUAUUGACAAAUACGAAGUAUCUAAUACCAAAUUUAUGGACUUUGUUAAGUCUACGAAUUAUACUACUGAAGCAGAGAGAUUCGGGGAUAGCUUCUUAUUUAAGUCUCUUCUAACAUCAGAUAUGCAAAAGAUGUACGAAGACUUUCGUGUUGCGAGCGCACCAUGGUGGUACAAAGUCAAAGGAGUUUCAUGGCGGCAUCCACAAGGUCCGCAAAGCACCAUCAACGAUUUUUUGGAUCAUCCUGUUGUUCAUGUGUCCUGGAAUGAUGCGGUAGCUUAUUGCAACUGGGCAGGAAAACGGUUGCCCACAGAAGCAGAGUGGGAGGUUGCAUGUCGAGGGGGAAAGAAACGCAAACUCUUUCCUUGGGGAAAUAAAUUAUCACCACGCGGCAAACAUUGGUUGAAUAUUUGGCAAGGCGAAUUCCCAGAUGAUAACACUGCGGCCGAUGGCUAUGGCAUAACCUGUCCUGUCAGCGAAUUCCGUCAAAACGACUAUGAUAUUUAUAACAUUGUGGGAAAUGUUUGGGAAUGGACACAAGACAGCUGGCAAAAAGAUGAGGUUGGUCCGAAUGCUCAGCGUGUAAAGAAAGGUGGUUCCUACUUAUGUCAUGAAUCCUAUUGCUUUCGAUAUCGGUGUGCUGCUCGUUCCCAAAACACUGCAGAUAGUUCAUCCGGAAACUUGGGCUUCCGUUGCGCAAAGAAUGCUUAAAUAUCAACUUUGGUCUACACCGGAAUGAAUAUGUAUUAUAUGCACAAAUAAAAUAACUUUGCAAGGUAUAUACAAAUUAAA